AUGCUUGUCGUCCCCGAGCCCGUCCUCGGCACAGGCUUUGCUUGGAAGAAGAACGCCAAGCUGAGCAACAACUACUUUACCACACAAUCCCCUUCCCUGGCAUUCGGCUCGCGGCUGCUGGGCUUCUCUCGCUUUCGUGUGGUGUCGUCCAUCUGUUCGUUUAUGUUUGCAUCGGCAGAGAGUGAGGAAGAGAUCGAAAAUGAUUUCUACCGACUGACACGUGCCUAUGUCAAGGAGUUUGGCGAGUACCACAAGAACAAUCUCCAGCCAGACUGGCAGAACGUCAUCAUCUUCUUUACCGAUCUCGCAGAGCGCAUCGCUGCCGCAGAUGGUCGUGGCGAAGCGCUCGCCGAUCUUCCCAGCGAGUCAGGGCCUGCUGCUGGUCCUCGGCAUGUCUUGAAAGCCCAGGCUGAAGCCCCGGCCGAGCACGUUGUCGCACCGCCAUCGUCGCCCACAUUGUCCAGCUCCAACGAUCCACGCUCUGCGCUCGAGCGCGCUGCUGACAUCCGUCAUCGCGUCGAGGCCUGCGAGUGGGCUGACGAGCUGGAUUCCGCCAUGUGGAGCAGAUCGUACGCUUUGCCUCCGAUGAUGGCCUCGCCGGCGAUGGCCGCGCUUGUCGAGGCCGACCGCGCCUGGCUCCACCGAGUAGUCACGCACUGCUUCCUUGUCCGCAACCGCGAGGAGAUCAUGGCCGGCCUCGACGUGACCAUGAAUGCCGUUCUUGCUCGCGAGCGCUCGGCGCUCUCCGAGAUCAAGACAUACCUCCCGGUUCUCCUUGGCCGCAUCCGCCACCCGCUUGGCUGGCUUGCCGCGAGCUGCAAAGCUGACUUUGUCGAGCUCUUUGUGGCACCAGCCGAGGCCGACGCGGCCGCCGGGCGCCUUGAUCCGACUGCUGUCCGCGAAGCACUCCGCGAUGCUCGUGCCUUUGUCGACAAAGCCGCCGGCACGGUUGCGGACGCCUUCUUUGCAACCUUUGCCAUCCUCACCUCCUCCUCCGACGCCUUCCAAGACCAGGUCCGCGCCUCGGUCCGUGACGCUCUCAUCGAGCUCUUCUACCCGGCGCUCCUCGAUCUCUACAGCGUUGCACACGCCGAGGAGCAUGCCCGGUUUGAGGCCAAUGCCGCGGGUAUGGCCGACAUGUCUCCCCACGACCUUGGCCUCUCUGACAAGUUUGUCGACGGCUUCCUCGCCUCAACCGCACUCACCGAUGCACUUGCUACCAUGGCAAACCACGCGCUUCCGGUCCGCAAGCUCAAGGCGCUCAUUCAUGGCAUCGAGAAGCUCACUGCUGACGUUGCGGAACACAUCGCUCGCACCGAUGCGGCUGCUGUCCUCGCGCCACAAGUUAUGGUCGUCCUUGGCGCCGGUGGUGUCGGCAAGACCACUCUUGUUCGGUCGGUAGCCGGCCUCCCGUUUGAUGCCGACUACGAUCCUACGCCGCGCCCGGACCUUGUUACCACCCGUUUCCGCCUUGAGAGCCACGACAGCGAGCUGCCGCUGACGCUUGUUGACACGCCAUCGUCCGAUUUUUUUGCUGACCAGAUCCCCGACUGGAUCCACACGGUCUCCUCGUUUGUCUUUGUCUUUUCGCUCGUCUCAUACUCGUCGUUCAUGCACGUUGAGCAGUUGGCGGCCCGUGUCGCUGCCGCCCGCAACACCUCGCUCUCCUCGCUCAACGUGGCCCUGGUUGGGACCCAUGCCGAUCGCGUCGAUGACCGUGUCGUUGCUGCCGACCUCAUUGCCACUCUCGCCGACCGCCUCGGCUGCAUGGUCUUUGAGAUCUCGUCGGCCGAGCCGUCGGUCGCCCCACACUUUGUCACCGCCGCCAUCAGCGAGCUUGCUCUCCAUCAUGUCCGCACUGAGCGGACCACUGUCACCUUUGCUGCCGACGACGUUGUCCCCAUGAUGUGCUGGGCAGCCGUCUCUGCUCCCAUCAUACACCGCCUCGUCCCGCAGCUCUACUUUAUUGACGACUACCUCGACAUCGCCUACACCCGUGGUCAGUCUGGCUACAUGCUCUCCACCGCCUCCACGGCCAUCUUCUACGUCGCCAUGACUCCGCUGUCUAGCAUCCGUGGCGCUUCUCCCGUUCCGGCACCCGAUCCCGUUCCGCGCUCGCCGUCGUCUGACCAUCUCUCCACCGACGCCGCAGACGGCCUCGUGGAAAUCGAUGCUUGCAAAGACGAAGCGCUUCAACUGAACGAUCUUCCCGCUCCCGUACCGCCACCCUCCGCCGAGCCGCCCGUCACCGAACCCUCGCCAGAGUCCGAUCUACUGGCCGGCCCGUAACUUGUCUCCGCCCGUCGCACCAUCUCACAUGGCAUUCACCCUCGACGCCCGCAUCGACGCCUACCUCGCCAGCUUUCACCGCUCUGAGUUGGAUGCAUUCGGCGACGCCGUCGCAACCACCGUCCAGUCGGUGUCUGCCGCUGGCCCAGGCACCGCCUCCCCCGCGCCACCGGCACCGUCGUCGCCGCGCCGCCGUCGCGCCGUGCCUCGCGAUCACCUCGCUUUUCUUCCUGUCCACCUCACCGUCUUCCACAUCGCUCUCGCCAUCGAUGCCAUGAACAUGCUGCAUGUCGACCGUACGCUCGCUCUUGCCCCCAUCCCCAUCCCCUGGGUCGUUGUUGCCACGCCCGCGCCCGCGAUCGCAAUCGCGAUCGCGAUCAAUCGCCAAAAU